AUUUAUUUGUCUUUGUCACUUCUUGUCUUCUGAUUAUGUUCGGCGUUGGAUGCAUUGCUUGGUCGAUGGCACAAGACAUCGUCACGGCGCCGAUCGUCGGGACCACGUCUUUGAAGCACCUGCAGGAUCUCCUUGGUGCCAUCAGUAUCACUCCGACCCCGGAAGAGCGUAAGUAUUUGAGGAGCUUAUCAACCAAAGUCUGUCUUUGGUCAGAUAAAUCCCUGCCAAUAGUUGAACCAACGAAUCGGGCCAUGAGUGGUUCGAGAUGAACAUUUUUGGCCUAGGCUACUGCGUUGAAUGCAUACAAUAUCACUGUAACGCAAUGCAUGCGCUGUCUCCUUUUAA